AUGUCUUCCCCAGUGGAUGUCGAUGAAUCGGUGGAGAUCUCAAUCUUUAAUACGAUCGAUUUUCGUUUGCACCGACUUUUCACGGAGGAAGUAAGUUAUGGAUAUCAACCACCAGAACUGGAGGAAGAGGUUUGCAAGAUCGUUGGAAUUAAAUCUCAUGCUUGUUUUCGCGGCUACGGCUUGCCCUUAUCAUUAUUUUUCGGACUGGGCGAGCUCUACGGGAUAUCUCUCCAUGUUGCUGCGAGGAGAGGCAGAGUCGGGGUUAUGAAGGAAAUCCUCGAUGCAAGCCCUGAGGAAGUGGAAUUGGUGAACCAAAGAGGCGAGAAUUGUCUUCACAUCGCCGUUUUGUAUAAUCAAGAAAGAGCAGUACGGUUCUUGGUGGAUUGGCUUGCUAAAAAUAGAGAUUACGACCAUUUGAUUGAUGGGAAGGAUUCCGAUGGAAAGACACCUCUUCAUCUUGCCGUUUCAAGAAAACAAAUCAAGGAAAGGUUUUUUUUUUUUCCCCAAUUCCCUUUUAUUCUUUGUUGAAGGAUACUAAAAUCAUCUUCCUCCUCUUGAAAACGAAACACAUUUUAGGGGGAAUUAAGCUCUGUUUGACAGCAUAUUGCACAUCUUAGGAGAAGAAAUUUCAGGGGCGACCAAGUAUUUACUAAUUACUCGAUUGUGGAGUAUAUUUUGCAAGCCUUCUUUUGAUUUUAGAAGUUUUACUUUCUUG